CCCUGUCUCUCCCUGCAGCUCCACAGACCUUUAGUGCUCAUUUCUAAAUGGGAUUAACCGCGCAGUGUGUCUCAGCCUGGGACUCGACCUCACAUCUGGAAUAUCAUCCGAGGUGCCUUCUGUCAUCUGGGGAAGAGAUGGGAUUAACCAGAUUGCAGAAAAGUUGGAAUUUCUGAGACAAUCUGAACUGGAUUGUAUUGCAAUAAAAAAGAAAACAAACAAAAUAAAUAAACAUGGAAAGAUAAAAGGAGAAGCUUCAAAGAAAAGAAAAAAAGCUACAGAGGAAACAAAAGGAUACAGAGGCAGUUUAAUAACAGGGAGAGGAGAUGCACAGAGCUUGGAUUCUUCUCAUUGUCAUAGAAGAGGGCUUUGCUCUGGCGCAAAAAAUCAAAGAGACGAAUGAAGAUGGACCUCCAGCCAAAAAUGAGCAGUGUGGCAUCUGGACUAAAACCAUCAGCGGAGGCCAGUUCAUGUCCCCCAACUAUCCCAACACCUACCCACCUAACAAGGAGUGUGUCUACGUCCUAGAGGCCUUGCCUCGGCAGAGGAUCCAAUUGGUCUUCGACAAAAACUACUACAUCGAGCCGUCGUUCGAGUGCCGGUUCGAUCACCUGGAGAUAAGAGAUGGUCCCUUCGGUUUCUCGCCGCUCAUCGAUCGCUACUGUGGGCCGAAGAGCCCCGGCGUGGUCACCUCCACCGGACGCUUCAUGUGGAUCAAAUUCUCCAGCGACGAAGAGCUGGAGGGCCUCGGCUUCCGCGUCAAAUACACCUACAUAGCAGACCCGGAUUUUAAAUUGCAUGUGGGUGGACUUCUAAAUCCGAUCCCGGAUUGUCAGUUCGAGGUCAGUGGCUCGGAUGGGUUUGUCCGCUCCAGCCAGGUGGAAGAGGAGGAAAAAGUGAAACCCGGUGAAGCUCUGGAUUGCAUCUGGACAAUCCGAGCGCCUCCUCAUUCCAAGAUCUACCUGCGCUUUCUGGAGUACCAGAUGGAAAAUUCAAAUGAGUGCAAGAGGAACUUUGUGGCCAUUUAUGACGGCAGCAGCGCCAUAGAGAACCUAAAGGCGAAGUUCUGCAGCACGGUGGCCAACGACGUGAUGCUGGAGAGCGGAGUCGGAGUCGUACGCAUGUGGGCCGAUGAGACGAGUCGCCUCAGCCGCUUCCGAAUGCUCUUCACCUCCUUUAUUGAUCCUCCUUGCUCCGGAAACACCUUCUUCUGCCACAGCAACAUGUGUAUCAACAAUUCGCUGGUGUGUAACGGCGUGCAGAACUGCGUGUACCCUUGGGAUGAGAACCACUGCAAGGAGCGGAAGUCUAAAGGCCUGUUCCACCAAAUCACCAAGACCCACGGCACAGUUAUCGGGAUCUCCUCUGGUGUGGUGCUUGUUUUACUCAUCAUCUCCAUCCUGGUCCAAAUGAAGCAGCCUCGUAAGAAGGUGGUGUCACGCCGUCCAGCUGUCUUCAACAAAUCAGGUAUCCAGGAAGUGUUUGACCCUCCACACUAUGAGCUCUUCUCCCUACGAGACAAAGAGCUCUCAUCUGACCUCGCUGAGCUGAACGAGGAGCUCGAGAGCUUUCAGAAGCUUAGGCGUUCGUCCACAACAUCCCGUUGCAUCCAUGAGCACCACUGUGGUGGCACCGGCAGUAUAAAGCAAAAUCGUAGCGCGCUGGGCUCCAUGGAGCUCUCAUACCACAACGAAUUCUCCAAACCACAGCCUAUGAAGACCUUUAACAACAGUGGCCUGGGGAGUUACAAGAAGAGCUGCUAUGGCUACAAACAGACUCAUGAGUGUGCCGAGCAGGUCAUUGAGGACCGGGUCAUGGAAGAAAUACCGUGUGAAAUCUAUGGAAGGGGUGGGGCCAUAGGUGGAAAUGUGGGAGGGAUUUUGGGUGGGGCUGUAGGCGGAGCUACAGGAAGUAUCGGAAGUGGGUGCAGCAGCAUCAGCAUCCGUAAUCAUGGCGGUGUUCGUAGCAACAAUGCCACUAGCAUACCAGAUACAAGUCAGCGCUCCAUUUCCAUGGACUUUUGAAAGACUGGAGGCCGGUAGAGAAGGAGGGGGAGUCGAGGAAAAGGGGAAAAAAAAUACCCAAAAGACCGACCAUCACAGACUCUUUUAUUGUUCAUUUCUGGUAUGUCUGGUAACAAGUCAAGGUAUCUUCAAGAUAAUCAACCCAGUCGCCUUGAUUCACUUCUAGACGUUCAGAAUGACCCAAAUGACUCAAACUCUUCAAGACAUGUCCUUCAUUUUGUGUUUUGCCACAAGAAACCCUGCAUCCCUGCCAUAUGUUUGAACAAAUGGACAGAGUGGAACCACAGAAAUAUACAUAUACUAGUGCUUUUUCACCACACGUCAAUCAGUUGACCAUGAAGGACUUUCUGAAAUUUCCAGGACACUUUUGGAAACAUUUUUGUUGCAUAUUGUUUUGAUGUAGAGACCCCCGACUGAGACAUGUCUCUGACAUCAGCUGUGCCUCCUGGUUGCAAAAAGAAUGCAGGAGUACAUUGUGACUUUUAGGAGCAGAGUCAGAAAUUAUUUCCUACAAGUUGCAUUGUGCUAUAGGGUGCCAGAAUCAGAAAAGCGGUCUUCACUGCCUUUGUAAUAUUACUGUGUAACACAGUCUAACUUUCCAAGCUUAAGGAGGAUAGUUGUAGUUACAGAGAUGAUAAUGGGGUUAAUAAUAAAGAGACAAAAAACUGCCCAUUUUUGCAGCAGUUUCAUCUUAGUUACAUAGCUGACUUCGAGCUCAAUGUGCUAAUUUAACAGGCUAACCUUAUUAGUUGUCUAAUACUGUAUGUAUUGCAUAAAUAAUUAGACCUACUACUCCUGUACUGUUCUUUGCUUUAUAUGAGCCUCAUUCUCUACUGUUUGGCCCUGGCUCAUUGCAUGUGCUGUUAAUGGUAAAAAGUACAGGUCACUGUGUUCUUGUAUGUCCUCUGCAUAUUUGAUCACAGAGCGAUAAAGUAAUGUUCAGGAGAUCCUGGGGCCAUUACCCACAGAUGGGCUCAAAUGAGGGUAAAGUCAUUUGAGAACUGAAGAGUCUUUAAAUUUCAAAUUACUUCCUAUUAAUGACCUUCCCAUCAAUGACCUCCCACAGCCUGGACAUAAAGGUUUAUUUAAAGCACUCAACAAGCCCCUUGCUUUGGAGGUGGUGGACUAAGGUACGGGUCUGCUUUAGUCAUCAGCUUGGAGACAAACAGUGCAGCCUGGUCGAUCAUUAUCUCUUCAGGCACCCCAAACAGCUUUAGAGUAGGACAAACAUGGGGUACCAAGUGGCACAUUAAACUAUAAUUGAUAUGUAUUAAUGCCUUCUCACAGACUUGGGCAGGAGACUGUUUUUUUAUUUCAGCCUCCCUGCCCGGUCAGUGGAGGCAGCCUUGGAAUGGUUAAAAAAUGUUUAUGGCUGCUACAGUAAGUGAUCAUCCAGUAUGUUCCAAUCUUGCUAUGGUAGCCACAAGUAUUUCACACUCUUAACCCCCUCACAAGGCUGCCCGAGCCGUGUUUAUUUUUUUUCUCUGACGGGCUGUUAAGAUACAGAAGCAAGAAGAUCAUUAGGUUGGUUUGAUUUACCUUUUACUCUUGCAUCAGUGUUGUCUUCUUCCUUGUGGGCCUGGCAGGCACAGUAUGGUGGACCUUGUCAGCAGGGUCAGCUUCUCUUUUGCCUCUCCACUUUUGCACUUCGCUGGGGUCCAGUAAGACCAUGAAGCUGACCUAGACAUAAGGCCAAUGCAGUUCCUUAGUUUCCCACAUGGCAGGGACAUCUCUGUUGUCCCCAUGGACAUGGAGGAAUGCCCUCUUCUUGGCAGACUGGUAAAUAACCUAAGGGAGAAGCCAGAGAAACAAUACACACCUUAUCAAGGAGUGCUUGAAGUGUAAGUCUAUAAGGAUGUACAGAGGGCUGGACAGUUGUUUGCUGACCACAGCCAGGUCUUCAUCUCCAUAACCUUCCACUGUUUAGGGCAGUGUCCACAAAAUUUGUUCAGGACAACUUGUUUCUGGGCAAGUCAGUUGCUCAGGAUGAAUCCACUGCCACAUGACAUAAAGGAGCAGAUGGAGCAGUGGAGUGGUAGGUGUAGUGAAAGUAAGGCACGUCAGUGAAGCACGAGUCUGUAGCACUCCAUCAGCAGUCAUGGGAUGGCUCUUUCAGGGUUGAGUGGCAUUGAGAGGAAGCGUCUGCCAUUUAGGUCCUCUUGAAGCUUGUCUUCUUGUCUAACGGCAGCAGAAUGGCACAGGUCAGAGUUCAGCAUACGAUUAAUGUCAGUAUUCACUCUUGUUUCUCUUCCUUUUUUAUGCUCCUGUCUUCUUGAAGCGAGUAAGGAGUCACAUGCUGUCUGACACAGUGCCAGCCGUGUCAUGUUGAUCAGACUCAACCCGCUGUCACGCUGCUAAUCUACAACACAGUGGGUGCUGAAUUGGCACUGUCUGUGAGGCAGUGAUGAAGUGCUCCAUCAUCACACUAGUCACAUUGUUUAUAAAAAUUUGCUGAUAGUGUUUGUUUAGCCUAAAUUUAACUAGCUUAACUUUAUUCAGCAAACAGAUAAGUUUAUGGCAUUUGUUGUGGCAUCAUGGCACUACACCUUAAAUGUUCCUAAAAACAACAAAGGUGCUGCAUGUUUCAAGUUUAUGGCUCUGAUUAAAAUCUUGGUGCUCAUUGUUCAUUGAACUAUAUAUUUUUUUAAUAAUCUGCUAUGUGUAUGUCUGGUCAUUACAGGCUAGGGCAGGCUUAGCAUCGUUUAGAAACUGACAAGAUGCCAAGCCAUAAGUAUUAGUUACACCAGAGUUACACCAUUAAAAAGUGCUAGCUGAAGAACACUUGUGUUUUAGUACUAAUUCAUGAUAACUGCCUAGAAUUUUAUGUUAUCCAGAUUCCUAAAUGAGUUUGCUGAUCUCUUUGGGUCUUUUUGCAACCAGGUUGGCUAUGCAUUUAUUUUGCUUUAAAAACGUAAUUGGUUUUGUUUCCUAAAUGGCCAUAGUCUUGUGAUUUCUAUUUUUGAUUUUUAAUUUCUUGCUUUCCUGCAAGAAGAGGAAUUGAAUUUCAUACUACUUGGGAUUCUCACCAUACCUUGUCAGGACAUCUGGUGGAAUAGCACUAGUAGAGACCUAGAUAGAUAAAUGCGAAGCUUCAUUGCUACAAUAUUGGUUCUACCUCAGCACAAUGAAAUUAAUGGCUUACUAUUGAUGAACUGUAAACAGAAUUGCUAACUGUUAACAAAAAUGCAGAAAGAAUUGUCUUGCAAAAAGGUUAGAUAGCUAAAUUAGCUAAUCUACUUUAAUAUGAUUAAACUGAAAUAGCUAUCUUAUUUAGACUCUUUUGGCAAAAUUAAAUGAUGUGUGAGUGAGUGAGGUAUUAUUUUUGCAAAGAAAAAAGGUAAUUAUAUUAGUUUAUAUACAGUAAGUGUCUACUGUAAGUUCUUUCAUUUAUAAUUUGCAAAACAUCCCCUAUUACACCAGAUACGAAAAAAAAAAAAACUGGUGGAAAAUAUAAAGUAAAAGGCUAUAUUUUGUUUGAUAUCAUAAUCAAAAAUUUGUUUAAAAAGUGGAGAAAACAUUUGGAGUAGUGUGCAUUUUUUUGUGUGCACUUUGUCAUCUAUCUAGGACUCUAGUUUGUAUAUCUCUGAUUGAAACCAGAAAGCCAUUUUAUCGGUGUAGCUUAUUAUAAGACAGUACUUAGAGCUCACACUGUUGCUUAGCAUUAACUCAUGAAUUAUAUGUUUUGUUAACUUGAAGCUAACGAAUAUUCAACAUUCACAUUGCUUUCACUGACACUCCCUCCGACCCUCACAUGUACACGCAUUACAUAUUUUAAAGAGAAAUACAGUGGAACUUGGGAUUACGAGCAAAAUUCGUUGGGUUUGUAUUUAAAAAAACACUCAUAAAUCAAAGCAAAAAUUCCCCAUAAAAAAUUAUAGAAACUCGAAUUAUUCGUUUCACAGCCCCAACAAAAUAAACACAUAAAAAUAAUUAAUACAAAAUAUAAACUGAAAAUUAAACAAAUUAACCUGCACUUUACCUUUAAAAAAGGUAAAAAAUAAAUCCAGACAGGUAAAGUCUUUCUGUUUAUGCGCGCAGGGGCUGUGUGUAUGUGUGAAGUAAGAGGAGGAAUCAGCCUUCCCCUUCUCAUCUCAGUAAACCUUUCUCCUCUCUCAUUUGAAUUACAUUAGCAAGGAACAUCGCUAAUGACACUUGUGUGAGCGAAUACAUUACCUUUGAAAAGUAUCGCGACAGAGUAGUGUUUCUGUGCAGUGCAGAGAGAGUGUGUGUGUGUAUGUGUGUCUGAAGUCGAGAAGGGGUGGGGGUUGGGUGGUGUAAAGGCGAGAGUUUGUGUGUGAAGGGGCAUGGUGUCAAAUUAUGUGCCCGCACACCCAUGACAGAGAGGGAGAAAAUGGAUCUUUAACAUCUCUAAUAAGACUUGCUUUCGCUUUACAUGCGCGCUUACAAACACAAAAUAAAAUAUGUUUUACACACACACGUGGUCACAGUGUUAUAGUAAACGGGCACUAAGACCCAGCAGGGGAGACGAUUACCCACAAUUCCGCAGCAUAAGAGAGAGAGAAAACGUUGGCUUAGUUGUGAUUACGUGACGCUCGGCGUCAAAACAAGAAGCGCAUGCAUGAUACAUGAUACUUGGUACUCGUAAACCAAGACAACACUCGUUUUUCAAGUCAAAAUUGAUUAAAAAUCUUUGCUUGUCUUGCGGAACACUCACAAACCGUGUUACUCACAAUCCCAGUUUCCACUGUAUAUUAAAAGGUCUCCUACAGUUAUAGUCUAAUUAUUAAUUUUUGUCACUAGAUGUAUGAUUAAUUAAAAACCUUUGUGUACACAUUUCAUAAGCAUCUUGUACAAACACACACACACACACACACACACACUUGUUAACUGUCCAGUAUUCAGUAUUCAGGUGUCACAAAGGCAGAGCAUGGAACUUGUAAAUGAGGCAAAUGCCUUUUGUACAGAAAUAAUUCUUUUGGUUGGUGUAUGAGGGAAGAUUUAGUAGAAUAUAUUUUGUAACCCAUGAACGUUGUAUAUCAAAUCUAUACUGCGCUUCCAUUUGAGUCAUGGCAUUAAUAAUUGUUAAAGAUAUCAAUGUAUGAAAUGUCCAACUAUAUGUUUUAAUAAAAUGGCAUCACAUUA